UUGCACCGCAGCGCAUAGCCUACACAAUGGCUGCUGGAAAGAGGAGAAAGCAAACAAUUUUCAGGCCCGCCGCGUCCAGCAAAAAAUAUGAGAAAAAAAUUAUUAAAAUUCGGAAAAUAGGUGAAAGUCAAGGGAAACGCCCUAGAAAGGAUGUUAAGGCUCCCACGUGCCUGGCCUCUCUGUGGUGUUGAAGAGUCAGCCUCUGUCACUCUGUCAGUGAUCGGACACAUCUCUUGUGUCCACUGCGUGGCUGGCCCGCGCUAAGUCGCCAUGGCCACGGUCACCCCCGACGAUGACUGCCCCAACCCGGCAGAGCACGAUCGAGUGAGGAAGAGGAGGCCAGAGGGGAAAGGGAGGAAAAACUUCCCCUGUCAGCUUUGUGAGAAGGCCUUCAACAGCGUGGAGAAGCUGAAGGUACACUCCUACUCGCACACAGGCGAGAGGCCGUACCGCUGCACGCAUACCGACUGCACCAAGGCCUUCGUUUCAAAGUACAAACUGCUACGCCACAUGGCCACGCACUCACCUGAGAAGACCCACAAAUGUAGCUACUGCGAGAAAAUGUUCCACCGCAAAGACCACCUCAAGAACCACCUGCAUACACACGACCCCAACAAGGAGGCUUUCAGCUGUGCCGAGUGCGGCAAGAGCUACAACACCAAGCUGGGCUUCCGAAGGCACCAGGCUCUGCACGCGGCACAUCGUGGUGACCUCACCUGCCAAGUGUGUCUGCGGUCAUAUCCCAGCACCACCCUGCUGCUUGAGCACCUGCGUGCCCAUGCCGGCAAAAGCGCCACGGCUGCAGCCAAGGAGAAGCGGCACCAGUGUGAGCACUGCGAGCGACGUUUCUACACGCGCAAGGAUGUGCGGCGCCACCUAGUGGUGCACACGGGCCGCAAGGACUUCCUGUGCCAAUACUGCGCACAGCGCUUUGGCCGCAAGGACCACCUGACUCGGCAUGUAAAAAAGAGCCAUGGCCAUGAGCCACUGCGUGUGAAGGCGGAGCCGCUGGAGCCCUCAGAUCCACACCCCUACCUGUUUGGCCACGCCUCUUACUCUCCUCCGCCUCCGCCACUCCGUCCUGAGCUGGAGAGCUACCUUCUGGAGCUGCAGGCGGAGGAGGUGCCGAAGCUGAGUGCUGCUGCAACGUCCUCCGGAGAGACACCUCCAUCUUUGGACUUCCUAUCUCCUUUGUUUAACUUCCUGCCCUAUGGUCAAGGGGCAGGGCCAGCCUUGGGGGUUUCCUACAGCCAGGAGGAGGGGCUUCCUGUGAUGACGCCUUCUCACGACACUCCCGAUCCUCUUGCCUCCAUUCACACGCUCACGCAUCCACACACUCUUUCACAGACACACACCCUCACCGCAAGUUACACACACUCGCCAAGCCUGAAUACAACCACCACCCUGCCUCGCUUUCACCAGGCCUUCCAGUGAUCCAAACGUACACAGGCGCACACACUUAGCUACCAUAGCACUUACACACACCUACACUUACGUGGCACUUAAUUUAAACACACACAAAACACACCAAUACAACACUUAUUACUUAAGUCAGUGAGACUUGUUAAAUUAUGCGCCUUUGAAAACAUAUCACUUGCUCAUUUAAAUCUGCUUUUUAGGAGUUAGCAGUAGAAGAUGUUGAGCAUCUGACAGCUGUCAUUCAAAACAAUCUGUCUGGUUUACGAAUGUGUAUGUGCCUUGGUUUGCAGUGAAGUUUUGCUCUCAGACACCGAGUGCAUAUAGCUUUCCCAUUUAGCACUUUGAAUUUCUAGUGAUGUUGAAGUUCCAUCAAAGCUAAACAUUGAAGUUUUUUUUUUAAAUCACUUUGUUUGUUGGCUCACAAGCUGAUGGGUACUGAAAUGCCAGCAUCUGAGUGACUCUACACAGCCAAAGGCAACCAAACCCCUCAGAGCCAGUGUGUGGAUGGCUCAUGUUGUUUUGCCUUUAUUUUUAUUUUUUAUUUUUAAACAUUUUUUUAUGGCCGUUUGCCUUCAUGCUGCUGCUCGUUUUAAGGGCCUUAAACUUUACCAGUGCAGAUCUGCUUCUCUAUAUAAAGCAAUAAAGGGAAACAUGGACUGACUUUACGUAAGACUAUCAUGUGUAGACACAAACAGCUCUUAAACACCCCCCUCAUUUCUUUCCCCUGCCGUUUGUCUUCAUUUUUUUUUCUUUUUUCUUUUCUUUCUUUUCUUUUUUUUUUGCUCCUGGACUUUAGACACCAACACAACCUUCAACCUCAUCUGCCAGAAUGCUGUCCAUUGCACUGAUUCUGAUUCUCAUCAAUAAUCAAACAAAAAACAUUCAGUUGUAUGGAUCUGUGCUGUCGCAUCCGAGGCACACGCAGACGUCUGAAUGACAUACACAGUCUGUGAAGAAGCUCCGUUGUGAAUAAGUUACAUUUCUUCAGAUAGUUUUACAGAGACUAUAGACAGCUCCAGAAGCUGUAAAACACACCUAUGGUUGGCACAAUCCUUUUUCCCAAAACAACCAGCCAAGCCCCUGUACACAUGUGUUUUGUGUGUGUGUGUUUGUGUGUGUGUGGGCAGGGAUGAUAGAGCUGUGUGCUGAAUGAAUGUUGGGGUUUUGUUGAAUAUACAUUGGGAGCUGAAGGUUGUUGGAUGCUGGAAAGCCUCCUAGUUGGGCAUAUUUUUCAUAAUAGCACUUUCUAAAGAAUCUGAUACCUUGGAUUUGUCAUGUUAUGAAUAUGUAUUUUAUGUUAAACAACCUUUUGCAUAAAAUGUUUAGAUGUCAUAUAUAGCUUUUAGCAGAUUGUUAGCAUAUGUGUGUGUAUAUGUGUGUGUGUGUGUAUAUAUAUAUAUAUAUAUAUAUAUAUGUAUGUAUAUUAUACACACACACACACACACAGCAUAUAUAUAAAAUUCUAUGUGUGUGAUAUUUUUACAGGUACACUUCAUACAGUGUUUAAUGUUGUAAAUGUCUCCUGUUUUUGCUUUAUUGCACAAAACGUCUGUGUCUCUCAGUGAGACUUAAUGCGAAUGGUUUAUUCCACCCCUUCUUCAAAGCACUUCCAUUGUUUAAGUUUUCAAAGGUUUAUAUAUAUAUAUAUAUAUAUAUAUAUAUAUAUAUAUAUAUAUAUAUAUAUAUAUAUAUCUUCAUAAAUCUGCAGUUUGUAAAUAAUUCAGUAUUGAGAAAAGUGUAUAAAACUGGGAAGACCAGAAUGCCUCAUAUUUUAAGGUGUGAAAUGGUGAUGUCAUUUGAUGCUGCUGAGUGGUUUACGGCUUACCUAGGGAAGCUGAUUGAAAUUGAUGUUUUCAUUGGGAGACACAGACCUUUAGCAAUUCUCCUAUUCAGUUUCAGUGGUACCAUCAUGCAGUGUGUGUAUGUGUGAGAGUGGAACAGUCUCUCGAUUGGAUAAUGCUGCUAAUGGACAUGGUAUAGCCCAUGAUGGCGCAACAGAACUUUUUGUUUUUCUCCUUCUUUCAACUCCAUGAAAUGUUUUAAGAGGGAGUGGACACGUGUCCACGCGUGUCAUAUUUUGAUGUGUCAAUAAGGUGAUGUAGUUCGUCUCAAAGCCGAUUAGGAGCUGGAUGUUGCCACAGCCGUGCUUUUUCAAGGGAAGGGUCUUUUGUAGAACUGAACUCUGAGUGACCUUUUGAAGGCGAAGAAGAAAGGGAGAAAGAGAGUGCGUUUUGUUCAGAGACAGCAUUCCAGCCAUAAUGGUAUUUUACAUGGUGUCCUUAUUGUUUUAAUCACAUUUCUGUAAUGCCAUCCUGUGAUAGUGGCUUUUGCUAAUCAAUGUAUAUGUUACCGUAAUGUACUUUUACAAACUACUGUUGUAUGUGUAUAUCCCAAGACAGAAUGAUUCAUAAUUAUCUGUGUGUGUGUGUGUGUGUGUGUGUGUGUGUGUGUGUGUGUGUGUGUGUGUGUGUGUGUUGAGAACUUGCUGCUGCAGCCUGUGUUUUCUUUUGUCUCCAGAUGACAUCAUCCAAAGAGAAAGUUAUUUAGUGGCUGGCUGGAUGAGCCAGUUGUGUGCUGUAGAAGGUGAAUGGCAAUGUGUGAAUGUGUGCGUGUAAUGUGUCUGAGAAAGAAAGUGUGUAUCUGUGUGCAUUCAGACGACCUUUGCUGCUAUGUGAGGAGAGGAGAGAUUUGGUCCAGUGUUAAUACUGUUCACAGUACUGAGAGCUCAAUAAACAUACCAGAAGGA